AUGGUUCUCUCAGGCUCUAGCAGUGCCAAGGAUGCCCUGUUGCAAACCAAGGAAUGCGUACAGGACCUUCAAUCGAUCAUGCGAAGAACGCAAGGAGGUGAAUCUGGAGCACUCACAACUGAGGUCAGGAAAUACUUGACCUCAAGGAAGAUGGUGAAGAAGGCAAUCCACAAGGCUAUGCCGAGCAGCAGCUGGUUAUUGGUUUCCAAGAUUAUUCACACUAAAAAAGUAGCUUGCGAGGAAGAAACAGAAGCAAAUGAAUUUGCCCAAGUGGAUGCUGCUCUGCAACCAUUCUUUAAGACAAGCAAAUCUGACAACAAGAAUGCAGACAACCAGCUUGACAAUCUGGAGUCAUGCAUUCAAGAUCAGGAAGAACAACUUGACUGCCUAUUUAGGCAGUUGAUUAAAACAAGAGUCACCUCCUCAACAUCCUAA